AUGGGAUUUGUCUCAGUAGCGUUGCAGUUCCUCCUCCUCCUACCGAUGAGCAGUUCCUCCUCUUCUUCCUCUUCUUCCUCUUCCUCCUGUCAAGGAUAUCGCAGAAACGUGUACGGAGUCCCCGCUAAAUGUUGGUGUUGCCAAGCCCUCAAUACCUGGGUCUCCGACACGAAGGAGAAUUCUGGCCGCAGAUUCUACAGAUGCAAAAUUGCUCUACAGAUUUCAAAUCUCUCUUCCAUUGAACUUAAUAUAACCUUGCCUACAUAA